GUUUCGCAAUUACAGAGUGCAAAGCAGAGGCAACCGAAGAAGGGUCAGUGGUGUUUGCGAGAAGCAUCGCAUCGCAUCGCAUUCACAAUGGUUCCUUCCAUUUCCAUAUUCUUCUUAUCUUUCUCUUCUCUCUUUCUUCUCCACAAUUCGCUUCCGAUUCCACCUCAAUCAAUCGAUCACUUCACCUCUCAGAUCAACCAAAUCAACCUCAAAAUCGCUCACUUAGAAUCGGUUCUCGAAGAAACCAAUCGAAAGGUAGCUGAAAGGGAUUUGUAUAUACAAGAGUCUGAGAACCGAAUGAAUGAAAUGGCGGAAAAAAUUCAUCAUCUGAACUAUACUCUCUCUUCGCUCAAGGGUGAUUCAUUGCAUGCCGAGACACGACUUAAAGCUCUGGAGGAAGAGGUACAACUUCUUUGGUCUGCCUUGAGAAAGAACAACUUUGAUCUCCAUAUUUUAAAAUCUAAAGCGGAAGAUAGUGAAAAGAGACUGGAUGAAGUUACUUCAAGAGUUGAAAAGAUGAGUGACAUUGUGACUGAACAGUGGAUUCAAGUUCAGCAUCUUGAGCAGGCUCUUCACAUUGCCAAAAUGAGGGCUCUAAAGGCUCAAAGGCAAGCGAGCUUAGAAAGAUGCACAUUCUUGAAGUUUAUCAACAGCCUCCAUGAUGAUCUUCGGGAACUGGAAUCAUUUGUGUUUGGUGGAAAGCCUAUAGUAGGGUCAUUCAUCUCAAGAGCUAUGGAUCACUUGAAGAGAUGCUAUUCAAUGACUAAGAAGUAUCACCACCAGCUUCAAAGUUCCAUAAAAGAUGUGAUGAAGAGAAAUGAAUUGACUGCAUCUCUUGCAAAUGAUGAAUUAGUCUUCAUCCUGGCAUCUGCUGUAAUCACAUUUCCAUUAAUUAGCGCCUGGAUGUUGUUUUCAUCAUAAACCAUUAUUGUUGGGGAAGCAAGUUUUUUCCCAAAAGGAAGCUGUCUUCGUACCAUUUCUAUAGUGACUGACAUCUGCGAUUCUCUUCCAACACUCAUGCUCAAAGAACACAUUUGUUUCUCACUUCUUAGUGAUGAUGGACAAAUUUAGUUUUGAUCUUGUCCGAUAGUAGUAGCCGAUGAUAUUUCAUAGUGUGAGUUUUGACAUCAUGGAUAUAUCCUAAACAACACGCAACUAGGCCAUAGCACUAAAAAUGGUAUGAUAUGGAGAUAACAAAGAAGAGUUUAAAAACUAGGGUAAUGGUAGUGUUAAUUUUUUAUACUUAUGUUUUAUCAUGACUUCUUUACAAAUGUCUGAGUAGUUAGUUGGAAGAUGUGAUUGAACUUUUAUGUAAAACUUUUUCACUUACAGGGCAGAUAUUGAAUUCUCUAGAUAGGUAAAAGUGCAUGUAAGGCUUGUGUGCUCUAUAUUGCUCUAAAUAGUGGUUAGUUUGUUGAA